AUGACUUUCGACAUUGAAAGGAAACGUUUGGAUCUGUGCUACGCUUUCGGAACAAACGCCAAUGGAACCUGCACCAAGGUGAGCGAAAGGAGACGAAGACUAAGCUCUACUUCCUCGGAUAAAUCUGCGUCGAAACGGCGGAAACGAUCCGAUAGUGAUCCGGAUAGUCCUACCAAACAACAAUGGCACCAUUUUCGUCAGACAAAGUGCAAUGUUAUCACCAUCUUUGCUAGUGGCGCGAUAUUUUCGUUGACCAUGUUUGUGCUGCUGGACUUAGUUCCUUCUCCGUAUCAUCCCCAUCGGCAACCGGACAUAAGCCGCGUCAGUUCCGAGGCAGGGCGAGCGCUGUACGCUCCACGCCAUCUUCCGGACCAGUCCCUGCUGAGGCUGGCGGAUGAAUCGCGCGUCAUGGAGCCAUACUUGCCGGCACGUAAGCUUGCCAAUACACCAACGAUAGGCAAAGGGUCGGAUCAACUAACCAACGAGCAGGAAGCUCUUGGAUCUCUUAAAAUGGCACUCGAAAUGAAACAGCUCGGUAAAGACGACAAAGCGCUGCGAUUGUUUCAGCACGCGCUAGCCCUUUCCCCGAAGCAUCCGGAAAUCCUCACCAAGUACGGAGAAUUCCUUGAGCACAACCAGCAGGAUGUAGUAUCAGCGGAUCAGUACUACACACAAGCGCUGACGGUAAAUCCGUACUAUUCGGAAGCGCUUGCCAACCGGCAACGUACAGCACAGAUCGUUGAACAGAUGGAUGCCAAGCGAUUCGAAGCGUUAGAUCGGAAACGGGAUGCCUUAAGCUCGGUGCAUGCAUCCAAUAUGGCACUGAAACGCGCGGAAAAAGAGGCGUAUAUUCAGCACAUCUACCAUUCUGUCGGAAUUGAGGGCAACACUAUGAGCCUCGCACAAACGCGCUCGAUUCUUGAGACGCGCAUGGCCGUCGACGGAAAGAGCAUCGACGAGCACAACGAAAUUCUUGGUUUGGAUGCUGCCCUGAAAUAUAUCAACGCCACGCUGGUGAACAAAAACGACUACAUUACGCUGAAGGAUAUCCUCGAGAUACACCGUCGCGUGCUAGGACACGUGGACCCCAUCGAGGGUGGUGAAUUCCGGCGGACACAGGUGUACGUUGGAGGUCAUAUCCCACCCGGACCGGGAGAUUUAGCAAUCUUGAUGGGUCGCUUUGAAAACUGGCUCAAUUCGGAGCAAGUAUUCUUGAUGCAUCCGGUCAAGUAUGCUGCAAUGGCACACUACAAGCUCGUGCACAUUCAUCCUUUCAGCGAUGGCAAUGGACGGACAUCGCGUUUGCUUAUGAACACGUUGCUCAUGCGGGCCGGCUACCCGCCAGUAAUCAUCCAGAAGCAACACCGGCAUAAGUAUUACAAUUAUCUGCAGCUGGCCAACGAGGGCGACAUUCGCCCGUUCGUGCGUUUCAUUGCUGAUUGCACGGAACGCACGCUGGAUCUGUAUCUUUGGGCGACGAGCGGACUGUCCAAUCCAAUUCCUCUGCUGGCGCAGGAGAACAUGGAGGGCAUGCCACUCAUAAAUAGCUUCGCCGACGAAGUCAUCGAUGGAGGAAGCGGUGCGGGUGAUACGAUACGAAUAGGAGUAAUUUGAUAUUGGCUUCCAGUGGCCCUGGCUGGCUCAGUGGCUUUCGGCGCACAAAACCUGCCGCAAUUUACCCGUGUGGAGCGUCUCUUGUUUGUACAUAUUGUUAUUGUAUUUUAUCCGUUGCUCGUGUAUUUUAAAAGCCGUCUUAUUUAGUUCUUAAAUUAUUAACCGUUUUCAAAUUCUUCCGUUACUAGUUAGAAAUUUGCAUUGCGCACUCAUAAUCUAAAUCGUCCGAUACGCAGCAAAAUAGUAAAAUGUGAUCUAUUAAUCCCUACCAAGGAGACUUCAAUUGUAGCAAAUCAUAACGUUCACACAUAAUUCUACUUUGGCGUGUCCCCGAGUGUGUGAUUUAUGCCGUAAUUUGCAACAGUUGCUAUUGCAGUAUCUUCUACCAAACAAAUGCGAUUACAUAGUCAAU